GACAGAUAACCUAACCUUACUCUUUUGUGACAGAUGUAGAUAUACCAUAAUAAUCAUUGAUUAAUUAAUCUGCAACUCAGAUAAACAGCACAGCUGCAGCUUGCAGGUUAAUCUUUGCUAGAUGGCAGUUAUAUGUAAAUAGAAAGUUGUGAAAAGAGAAAAAAGUUUUGAAAAUAUAGUAACACACGUCCUUGAAGACAGCUGUGAUAUGGUAGUGUUUUGUGUCGUUGAUUUGUGGUGCACGUGGUUCUGGAAACUUCCGAUAUGAAGUUAAACUUUUGAGAAGUUGGAAAUGAGACGUGAAACCUAACCAUCAAACAUUAAUUCCACACACAGUUUCUGAUGAGACAUUAAGAUCAGGAAGACAUUGUUAUUUACACUGGAAGGAGAAUUUUGAAAGUGCUGCCUCAGUAAAAGAAGAAAUAAGUCGUCGUCAAAAUCGUUGCACAUUUGGAGUCACAAAUUGAGCAAUAUGUCCAGAAACUACAGCGAUUUCGGCCACUCAACAUUCAGUGCCGCAGUUAGAGAGGAUAGCUUUGAAUAUGAGUACGGACCGUCUCGCAGAGCGGUUCAGCACCCAGUUGCAUCUCAGAAGCCUAGAGGACGAGGAAAGAAACAACCACCGUCAGGACGCAGAUAUCAAGAGAAGCGCGUUCAGCAAGGGCGUAGAGCAAAUAACCUCAUAACAGAAGCCGAUCUCGCCGAUGAGCUCAAACAAAAGCUCUUUCAAGGAGUAAAGGACGAGCGGACGGCAAGGGAGCGUCUUGAAACUGUAAACAUUAUGAAGGCAAUCACGCUUCCUAUCACAACCAGGUCUAUGGGUCUAGGAUCGGCACACAUUUUCUACAGUUUGUAUGGGUUUAGGAAUAUGAAAGAUAUUCCAGCAAGAGGAUCGAUCUACCAGAUGUAUCGAGUAGCGUUAGCUAUUCUUGAGGUUAAAGUGACAAUUUGUCAGAGAAGUAUAACAGCUAUACAAAAGCAUGAGGAUGACUUUGCUCCUCUCGUUAGAAACGAAGAGUUGAUCUCGGCUGUCAAGGGUGUUACCAUUCUGCCCGAUCAAAUUACGAAUGCGAUACGCGCUCUGGGUAAAGUUAAGGUGUGGGACAGCUUGUAUGUUCCAAACCUUGCCAGGGACCAACGUACCCACCAUAAUUUAUUAAUUCCUCAAGCGGAGAAUGUCCGUUAUUCUAACCUUAGAGAAACCGUGGUGGCCCUGCAGAACAUUAACACACCCGUCGAGUAUAGACGACGAUUCUAUAGGAACAACCCCAUACCUGGCGCGAUAUGGAAGGGAGUAGAUAAUCCCUCGUCAGAUGACAAUCCUAUUUUAGACAAUGCAAAUGAAAUUAUGCCGGAGGACUACGGCUUGAAUGAAUUCAACGACGAUCUCCAGCAUAUGCACGCGAAGAUAAAUUACUUAGCACGGAAGGUCCCUAAAUAUUUUACAGGUGCCGUCAAUUUUGAUUCCGACGGUACGAAGGCCAUGCUGGUGUGUAAUGCACAAGAUACGUUACGCCUGCCAGAUAGAGGCGCGCAUGAACCAUUGAAUGAGUAUUACGCUCGGUUGAGACCAACGGGCGAUAUAGAUGAAUAUUAUAAUUUAGAAGGAUUGACGUCAGUAGAGCAGAUUGAUGGUUGCCUCUCCCUACUUGGCGAAGUUCCAACCACACCAGCCCUAGAGUACCCGAUAUUCUUUACUAGGAACUCACGGAAUUGCUGCCAAGUUAGCAGCCUGAAAUACCGAGCCACGUAUGAUAGGAAGUACACUUAGUAC